AUGUCAGCAGAUUUAAAUGACGCACACGCACCGGCCGCCCAGAACCCAGCCGAGUUCUUCGAGUCCAUCGGCAACAAGGUCCAAGGCCUUUCUGCCGCGGAUCAUGACGACGCCAUCAAGCAAGACCAAGAGUACCGGCCCGUCGAGGAAAUCGAGUCGCUGUGCAUGAACUGCGGCGAGAACGGCGUAACGCGGCUCCUCCUCACGGCCAUCCCCUACUUCCGCGAAGUAGUCAUCAUGUCCUUUUCCUGCGAGCACUGCCACACGCAAAACAACGAGAUCCAAGCGGCCGGCACGGUCCAGCCAAAAGGCACGCACUACGAGCUCCGCCUGACCUCCCUCGAGGACCUCAGCCGGCAGGUCGUCAAGUCGGACACGGCCAGCACCAAGUUCAUCGAGAUGGACCUCGAGAUCCCCCCGGGCCGCGGCCAGCUCACCAACGUCGAGGGCCUCCUGACGACCGUGGUCGACGACCUGGACAUGGGCCAAGCGGCGCGCAAGGAGCAAGCGCCAGAGGUGCACGGCAGGAUUGCCGACGUCAUCGCCAGGGGCCGAUCGAUGCUCGCCGGCGACGCGUUUCCCUUCCGCCUGUACGUCGACGACCCCGCGGGCAACUCGUUCAUCGCGCCCGACCUCAAGGACGGCGUGGGCAAGUGGGAAAAGAGGGAGUACGUACGCAGCCCGGAGCAGAACGCCGCCCUCGGCCUGAGCGACGGCGCCGCCGCCGCCGCCUGCCCGCCCGAUCCCGGCCUCGCGGCAGACGGCGAAGCUGCCGCCCCCGACGAGGUGUACAGCUUCCCGGCCAGCUGCCCCGGCUGCAUGCACCCCUGCACCACGCACAUGAAGAUGGUGGACAUUCCGCACUUCAAGCAGGUGGUGCUCAUGUCCACCGUCUGCGACGACUGCGGCUACCGCUCCAACGACGUCAAGACGGGCGGCGAGAUCCCCGCGCAGGGCGACAAGAUCACCCUGGCGGUCCGCGACGCCGCCGACCUCGCGCGCGACAUCCUCAAGAGCGAGACGUGCGCGCUCGAGUGCCCCGAGCUGCAGCUGCACGUCAACCCGGGCACCCUGGGCGGCCGCUUCACCACGGUCGAGGGCCUCCUCACCCAGGUCCGCGACGACCUGCACGGCCAGAUCUUCGAGGCGGGCGCGGCCGGCAACGGCAACGGCAACGGCAACGGCAACGGCGGCGGCGGCGGCGACUCGCUCGACCCGGCGGAGCGGACGCAGUGGCGCUCGUUCUUCGACGGGCUCGACGCGGCCAUCCGGGGCGAGCGGGCGUUCACCCUCGUCCUGACGGACCCGUUUGCCAGCAGCUUCGUGCAGCCGCUCGCGGACCCGCCGAGCGACGACGCCAGCAUCACGCGGCUCAAGUACACGCGGACCGACGAGGAGGAGGAGGAGCUCGGCCUCAAGGACAUGAAGGUCGAGGGGUACCAAGAGGGCGAGCAAGCUGCUGCUGCAGCAGAGCGAGAGCACCUGUAA